AUGCCUCGCAUCCCUUACAAGAACCCGGCCAAAGGCACGAGCGCAAUCGGCGAUGCUAUCCGCGAGCGUCGAGGUGCCCGCGGUCUCACGCCUCUCGACCAGUCUCUCCUCAAUGCGCCCGAGAUUGCGGCCGGCUGGAACAACCUCCUUGGCGCCGUUCGCAACCGCAACUCGCUUCCCGACGAUAUUCGCGAGCUCAUGAUCCUCCGCGUGGCCGCUCGAAACUCGGCGACGUUCGAAUGGAUCCACCACGCUCAUGUCGGCACCGACGCCGGCUUGACUGCUCAGCAACUCACCGUCAUCCGCGACGUCAGCACUCCUCUGCCGACGCCCGCUUCCCCUUCCCCUCUCUCCGCCUACCAAGCCGCCGCACUCCGCUUCGCCGAUGCCUCGACCUACAACGUCACCGUCCCUCAGUCGUACCUCGACGAGCUCAAGCAGCACCUCAAGGACGACCAGCAGCUCCUUGAGGCGACUGCCGUUGUCGCGACCUACAACAUGGUUUCGCGCCUCCUUGUCACGCUCGAUGUCGGCGACAUGGGCGAGCAGAGCGUUCCUCUGCCUGAGUCAGAGCAGAGCGAGCACGAUGUCGAGAUCGAGGAGGGCGUCAAGCUGCAUGUCCGCGUGGCAAAGCGGGGCGACGAUGCCCCCUGGCUCGUCUUCGUCAACUCGCUCAUGACGAAUCAGAAGAUGUGGGACGGCGUUCUCCCUCGCUUGAGCAAGAAGUACAACUUGAUCACCUUUGACCAGCGGGGACACGGCAAGUCAUCGGUCCCGCCCAGCCCCUGCACUCUCGAGAUUCUCGCCAACGACAUCGCCGCCAUCCUCUCCAAGCUCUCAAUUCCUACGCCCAUUCAUGCCGUCAUCGGUAUCUCGCAAGGCGGCGCGACCACCCUCGCUUUUGCCCAGCACCACUCCACCCUCUUCUCCCGCCUCAUCGCAUGCGACACCCAGGCGACCUCGCCCGCCGCCAACGCCAAGGCUUGGGACGAGCGCAUCGCCCUUGCCCGGCAGCACAACUCGAUGGCACCUCUCGCCGACGUGACCGUCCCCCGGUGGUUCCCCUCCGGCUCGACGAGCGAAUUCAACGUCGGCGGAAGGCGGCAGUUCUUCAUUCACGACAUGAUUACCUCGACGCCGAUUGAGGGCUUCGCCAAGGGCGCCGCGGCCUUGCAGGGCUACGACGUCCUCCCUGGUCUCGCCGACAAGCUCAAAGGCAAGAAGGUCCUCCUCGUCGCGGGUGAGCGGGACGGCGCUCUUCCGGGCGUGCUCAAGGGUCUCAAGGAGAAGCUCGAGCAGGACGGCGUCGAUGCCUCGUUCGAGCAGAUCACGGGCGCUGGCCACUUGCCCAUGGUUGACGCGGCGGGACCUUGGCUCGAUGUUGUCGACAAGUUUCUUGCGUAG